AUGGAUUUUCGUCGUGUCGCGUGGUCGCAGCGAACUCUCGUGAUCGUCCUCGCCAUUCAAGCCGUUUUUCUGCUGCUACUACUCUGGUCGCGAAACCCAUUUCACCUGAAACAACAACAACAACAACAAUACCGUACGACCAACAGCUUAACCACCGAACAAUGUCUGAAUCACUUCCCAGACUUGUACUACGAAAUCGACCGCGCCGUCCACCUCUGGAAAGCCAAAAACCACACCAUCUCCGAAGCAGACGUCGACAUCUCCUGGCAAGCCACCGGACCCUUUGACGGCGGAGCCCUCAAAAUCCUCAUCCACGAAAACCAACUCCGCGUCCUCGAAAGUAUCAACGCCAUGGCCGACUCCGCCUAUCAAGAACGCGGCCUAGGAAUUCUGCAACUCCUCCUCCGCGCCCUCGAAAGUGCGACUGCCGUGGGAGAAAUUCUCCCCACCAUCGAAGCUGCGAUUGUGCUGCAAGAUAUUUCUUACCCCCCAACGGAAGAUGGGACGCAUUCGUUUUGGACGUGGGCCCGGCCGCUAAGGGAUGUACAUUUUAAUCGGACGAAUGUGUGGCAAGGGCAGGAAUUGCAUUAUGAACGGUUUUGGAAAGAUGAGACUUUUCGACGGGUGUGGUUGGUUCCGAAUUUCGAUUUGUGGGCUACGGGGUCGAUUGGCGAGUUUGAGGAAUCUCGUCGAUUGGCGAGGGAGUUUGAUAUGCCUUCCAUUGCGGAUAAAAUUCCGAAGGUUGUUUGGAGAGGGACUGAGUGGGUGAAUCCGGAAAUUCGAGAUAAGCUCGUGAAUGUUUCUCGCGGGAAAAGUUGGGCGGAUGUGAAGUAUAGUAAUUUCACACCCACUACCAUCAAUAACAACAAGGACGAAGAAGAACAAAUUCUCAACAACCACCUCCCCAUCUCCCACCUCUGCACCUACGCCCUCACAAUCCACACCGAAGGAUUCAGCUACUCCGGCCGACUCUCGCACCUUCUGAAUUGCAAUUCUCUCCCCCUAAUUCACAAUCUCACAUAUACAACCCACUACUACCACCUCCUGCAACCCUCUGGCCCUCAACAAAAUUACAUUUCCGUCCGAAACGAUUUCUCCGAUUUGGAAGAUACAGUGCAGUAUUUUUUGUCGCAUCCUGAAGAAGCUGAUGUUAUUGUGCGGAAUUCUGUGAAUACUUUUCGAGACAAGUAUCUUACUCCGCAGGCGGGAGAUUGUUAUUUGAGGUUGUUGGUGAGGGGGUAUAAGGAUGUGGCUUUUGAGCCGAGAGUUUGGAGGGCGGGGAUGGGGAGGAAAAGGAAAAGAAAAAGAGAAGAGAAGAGAAGGAAGAUAGAUAGAUUGCUCUAUUUUGUUUGUCUUGGGACUCGAGAUGAUGAUGACUAG